AUGCGUGGAGACCGAAUCCAGAAAUUCCCGUGUGACGUAUCUACCGCUAUUUAUUUACAUCAAUGUCUCUAUAUCCCAGCUCUGCGGCUGUUCGAGCCACAGUCGGCGGCUGUGCUCCAGGCGAUGGAGGCGUGGCGUGAACAGUACAGAAACCGAUUAGGUGAUGCGGCUGAUGAUGAAGAGAUUGAGCAAAUAGUCGCGAACCCGCCAACUGCCCUACUUUUGGCGUACGACGCGGCGCAUAUCGUAGCGGAAGCGUUGGCGCUGUUGCAGCUUCCGGGCGGCGCGCCCGGCGCCUGCGAGCGCGGCACCGCCGCCUUCCACGCCGACACACUGCUCAACUACAUACGCUCGCGCGAGUGGGGCGGCGCGAGCAGCGAGCUGGCGCUGCGCUGGGAGGCGGGAGGUGCGCGGCGCGAGGUGGCGCUGCAGGCGGCCGAGCUGCUCGCGGGCGGCGAGCUGCGCACGGCGGCCGCGUGGGCGCCGCGCGACGGGCUGGCCUGGCGCCCUCGCGAUCCCGCGCCGCCGCCGCCGCGCGACUCCAUGGUCAACCGCACCUUCGUCGUGCUCAUCGCCCCGAAUAAACCAUACGUCAUGAGACAACAAUCGACCGAUCGCCUCGCUGGCAACGAGCGCUACGAAGGUUUCUGUAUCGAGCUAAUUGACCGGCUCGCGCGCCAGCUGCACUUUAACUACACGUUCGUGGAGCAGCCGGACGGCCGCUACGGCUCCUACAACAAGACAACGGGCCAGUGGGACGGCAUGAUGAAGAGGCUCAUGGAAGACAAGGACAUAGAUUUCGCGGUGACGGACCUUACGAUAACCGCGGAGCGCGAGAAAGCGGUGGACUUCACCACGCCCUUCAUGAACCUGGGCAUCGCUAUCCUGUUCCGCAAGCCGCAGCCGCCCAAGCCCGCGCUACUCGCCUUCCUGCUGCCCUUCUCCAGCGGGGUGUGGCUGUGCUUGGGCUUCGCGUACCUAGGCACGUCGCUGGUGCUGUACGUGGUGGGCCGGCUGUGCCCCGAGGAGUGGCAGAACCCGUACCCGUGCGUGGAGGAGGCCGCCGCGCUCGAGAAUCAGUUCACCAUCUCCAACGCGCUCUGGUUCAUUCUGGGCGCCGUGCUCAUGCAGGGAUCUGAAAUUGCGCCCGUCGCGUACGGGUCCCGCGCGGUGGCGAGCGCGUGGUGGAUCUUUGCGAUCGUGAUCGUCAACUCGUAUACGGCCAACCUGGCCACGCUGCUCGGCACCAAGACCUCCAACGAGCUCAUCCACAACGUACGCGACCUCGCCGAGAAUGACCUCGGUAUCACCUACGGCGCCAAGGCCGGCGGAUCCACUUUCACUUUCUUCGAGCUUUCGAACAACGAUUUAUACAAAAGUAUGUAUCAAAAGAUGAUGCAGCAGGAAAUGCCGUCGUCCAACGAAGCAGGCAUUGAAAAGGUGAUGAAAGAACAGUACGCAUUUUUCGCGGAGUCUACCACCAUUGAGUAUACCAUAGAGCGAAACUGUGAAGUCACUAUGGUCGGAGAGCUACUAGACAAUAAGGGUUACGGAAUUGCCAUGAAGAAAAAUUCGCAGUAUCGUCACUCGAUGAACUUGGCGUUGUUGAACCUGCAAGAGUCUGGCGUGCUGCGCGAGAUGAAGCACCGCUGGUGGAAGGAGAAGCACGGCGGCGGGGCUUGUCAGCCGAACGCGGACCCGUCGAACGACGAGCUGACGAUGCGCAACUUUCUGGGGCUGUUCCUGGUGCUGGUGGUGGGGUGCGCGCUGGGCAUAGUGGUGUCGUGCUGCGACCUCGCGUGGACGGCGUGGCGGCGGCCACGCGACCCCGCCGCGUCCUUCGCCGCGAGCUACUGGGCCGAGCUGCGCUUCGUGUUCCGCUUCGACCAGUCGGAGAAGCCGGUGCGGGGACCGCUCGUGCCGCCGCCCGCGCCGCGCCCGUCCGGCUCGCCCGGCUCGGUGCAGACGGACAAGGCGGGCAGCCCGGGCAGCGCGGGCAGCGCGCCGGACGAGGUCGAGGAGCGGCGCUCGGGCCGCUCGGCGCGCUCGAGCCGGCGGCCCAGCGCGCGCCGCUGCUCCAUGCACAACGCCAGCUUGCGCAUCGCGCGACACACCACACCGACACCCAGAUAGGUUGCAGUUAACCGUGGACGUUCAACAUUUAUAUCUAUGUUUACGAAGGCAUUUCGUUAUAUGUCUGAGUCUUGUAUAAAUAUAGGAUAAGCCGCUUUUACAGUAAGCAAUGACAGACUUUGCAAUGACAAGCAAUGUCUAUCUUUUUUUACAUUCUCUAUUCAUUCAAUCAUUAUUGUAUUGAAGGAAAUUCGUCUUAGUAGGGAAGUCCAAGAGGGGAUUUGAGAUUUACUCGAGCGCAUCAGAUUUUUUAAGGGAAGGAACCUUAUCUAUUGCUAAGUACCUCCAAAAAGAAUUAGCAAUUAAUAUUGGUUGGUGCGCUCUCUGAAGCCGCAGGAAAUAGAGAUAAUUCUCUAAGGCUACUCUCCAAUCGUCAGAUUAGCGAAAUAUGGACUUUUUGUGUUGUAAUUAACCCCUAAUUUCUUUAUCAGACGCGCUCGAGUAAUAUUUUUUUAAUAAUUUUACUCUACUUCAUAGCCACAAAAUUGCCACAUAAAUCGUAAGAAUAAUGUUAUUUUAUUUCAGUGAUAUGCUAGAGAAUUCAAAAUAUCAAAAUCUAAUCUAUGAGUGGUUUUUUUACAAUAAAUAAAAUAUAUAAAAACUUUUCUCCAACGCUAAAAUUAAAAACUUUAUAGAUUUUUUUUUCUUGCUAUCAUCAAAUCUGUGAAUUCCAAUAAGUUUCCAAGACGCACGAGUAAAUACACAUUUAGCAUCUUGGGAUCUCCUACUAUCUGCACUGCAUGUGAGUUGCGCUGUGAUAACUUCAAAUUCAAAUUCGAAAUGAUUUAUUGUGAUUCACAGGUUAUAAGGAAGAUAUCACAUUAUAUAAAGUUCUACUGUGAUCUGCCAUGUGGCGUACAAUUGUCAACUUUUACAUAAAUAAUUAAUUAUUAAUCAUAUUUAUACAUAUGGAGCAUUAUUUUUACACGCUUCUUAUUAGCUUCACCUGUAUGU